UAGAGUAAAAUCGACAGAAAUGAAAUUCGGUUAUUUCCUCGUGCUGUGCGGCUUCUUGGUUGUGGCUACAACUGGCCAAUCUGGGCAAACACCCGCACAAUCUUCCCUGGCAGUUUCCAUAACAAAUCUUGGCCGUGCCCUUGGAGAUUUAACCACGACGGUUAAGGCUAACCUUACCACAAUCAAGAAGCUAGCCGGCUCAAAGACAGUGACCGCUUUGAAGAAUUUGAAUACAGAGCUGAAAAAUUUUGGCACCACUUUGUCGAAGAAUGCAGUGGACUUGCGGACGGCCUUAAGUAGAACCGUAACGUCAAACCAAGUAGCGAUCUCCCUCAACGGUUUGACCAGUACACUCAACAAACUGAACGCUGACCUCAAGGCAGCUGACAAAGGUCUGUCCAGUCAGGAAUUGAUUAACGGUUUGGCAAAUUUUUAUAAAAAGGCUACCCCGACGGUUAACAAAAUUCUGGCAUUGCUGCAAACUACUCCCGGAACCGCAGCCUACAAUGUGCUUCGCGGUGUUACGGCCCUGAUUGUUGAUGUGAACACCUUGGGCAACGCAGUUCUUGGUCUAGCAGGGUAGGGUAGUCAUAAAUUGAU